AUGAAGCCCAGCGCAAGAGUUCUUGAUCCUCGGGGGCCAUUUCUACAGAAAUGGAACAAGAUAUUUGUGAUAUCAUGCCUUGUUUCAGUCUCCGUGGACUCGCUCUUCUUCUAUGCCCCGGCGAUCGAUGGCGACAACAGCUGCCUGUAUCUGGAUGACAAUCUUCAAAAGAUAGCUAGCAUCCUGCGCUCUCUCACCGAUAUCUUCUAUUUACUCCGCGUAAUAUUCCAGUUCAGGACAGGCUUCGCAGCUCCCUCAUCUUCUAGAGCGUUUGGUCGCGGUGUCUUGGUUGAUGACAUGUUGGCAAUAGCAAAACGGUAUCUAUCGACAUAUUUUCUGAUUGAUAUCUUAGCUAUUCUGCCCCUUCCUCAGGUUUUUGUGUGGUUAGUGCGGCCACGUCUCCAAGGUUCAAAGGUUAUGACCGCAAAAAACGUAUUGAUGUUCAUAAUCUUGUUCCAAUAUGUGCCCCGACUGACCAGAAUAAUACCACUCUACCUUGAAAUCACGAGAUCAGCUGGUACAGUAAUGGAUACGGCAUGGCCGGGUGCUGCCUUUAACCUUCUGGUUUACAUACUUGCUAGUCAUGUCCUUGGGGCUCUUUGGUACAUUCUUGCCAUACAACGAGAAGACACCUGUUGGAGAGAAGCUUGUAAUAGCCAGGAUGGUUGUGAUCUGGCAACUUUAUAUUGUGGAAGUACUGCAUUUGGAAACAAUACUUUCUUACAAGAUGCUUGCUCAACAAAUGGCGGUGCUGAUGUAGAUCCAAUCUUUGGAAUUUAUCUACCAGUUCUCCAGAAUGUUUCACAAUCAACAGGUUUCUUCGAAAAAUUAUUCUACUGCUUUUGGUGGGGGCUACAAAAUCUAUGUUCCUAUGGUCAAAACCUUAAAACAAGCACUUACAUAUGGGAGAAUCUGUUUGCUGUUUUUGUCUCAAUGUCAGGUUUAGUUUUGUUUGCUCUCCUUAUAGGAAAUGUGCAGACCUAUUUACAAUCAGCCUCUGGGUAUAUAGAGGAAAUGAGAGUGAUAAGACGUGACACAGAGCAAUGGAUGGCAUACAGAUUACUUCCAGAGCAUAUCAAGCAACGAAUAUUGCGUCAUGAUCAAUAUAGAUGGCAAGAAACACAAGGUGUGGAUGAAGAGGGUCUUCUUAUAAAUCUUCCUAAGGAUCUCAGGAGGGAUAUAAAGCGUCAUCUUUGUCUAUCACUUCUCAUGAGGGUUCCAAUGUUCGAAAACAUGGACGAUCAGCUCUUAGACACCAUGUGUGAUCGCGUAAAACCCAUGCUGUACACAGAAGGAAGCUGCAUCAUUCGCGAAGGCGACCCAGUCAACGAGAUGUUCUUCAUCAUGAGAGGGAGACUUGAAAGCAUGACAACAGACGGUGGGCGAACGGGCUUCUUCAACUCCAAUGUUCUCCAAGGCGGCGAUUUCUGCGGCGAAGAGCUCCUCACAUGGGCUCUGGAUCCUGCUUCGGGCUCAAACCUUCCCAGCUCAACCAGGACGGUGAAGACGCUGUCGGAGCUCGAAGGUUUCGCCUUGAGGGCUCAUCACCUGAAGUUUGUGGCCAAUCAGUACAGGAGGCUCCACAGCAAGCAGCUCCGGCACACCUUCAGAUUUUACUCCCAGCAAUGGCGUACGUGGGCUGCUUGCUUCAUACAGGCAGCUUGGCACAGGUAUUGCAGAAGGAAGCUGGAGGAUAACCUGCAUGAGAAGGAGAGGAUGUUCCAAGCAGCAAUCGUGACUGACGCCUCUAGUUCUCCCAGUCUUGGCGCGGCGCUCUACGCUGCCCAUUUCGCUUCCAACAUGGUACGGAUCUUACGGAGAAACGCUGCCCGAAAGGGCCGUUUGCUGGAAAGAGUGUCUUCAAGGCUGUUGUUACAGAAGCCAGCAGAACCCAACUUCUUCGCUGAAGAAUAG